AGCGCUAUUGGACUCCAGCAUAGCUAGCUGGCUAGGGCGUUGCUAGCGGCAGAAAGUGGGAUUUUCGGUACCUUUUUCCAAGUUGUAUUCUUCUAGAAAAUAACGUCCAGUAUUAGAAAAAAUGGCGAUUGGCGUUCGCCAAAAGUUUUAAGCGUCUCGGUUUGUUUUUUGGUCGGUGCUUACAGAGGAUUUGCUUGUUACUUUCUGCCCCGUUAGCUGGCCACGGAGCUAGCCUGCUUUCCAUCCACGGGAAUUCUGCUGAGAAACGACUGAAUUCUGGAAACAUGGAGUCAAGGAGCGCUGCACAGUGCUAACCGACUUCACAGACUUUUUCUUACGGGCACUUUUUAUUGAAAGGACAAAACACGAGGACAUAUAUCGGAAACAGUCAACGUCUAUGCGGUAGUCUGUGCGUUUUUUUGGACGUUGGCCGGUUCAUUCUGUUGAACGGGAGUUUGCUUAGUUUGCACACGAAGCAAAGUUUUUUUUUUCUCUGAAAGAGCUUGUGUGUUUUGUUAGCUGGUAGCUGGAGAGAUUCAAACCCACUCUGCUCGCAGUAAAAAUGAUUUUUCAUUCAAUUUAAUGUGCUUGUUUUAUAAACCGACCACCAAUGCAUCUCUUUUUCGUUGGAUCCGCGCUUGUAUAACAUUGGCUGCUGUUGUUUUUGCUCAUUUGUGAAUCGGUUCGUGAACUCGCGAAGUUGAGCGAUUCUCAUGGUCACAGGAGACUCGUCCUCCCCACGGCCACAGACAGGCAUUUUUGGGAGCAGGGAAUACCAAAUGGGACUGGAGGAAUUUCCAGCAUCUUCGGAGAUCAUUUGAGGCACCGAGGCCAUUCAGCCCGAGGAGCAGGGGUGGAGGCAGACGGACGGACUACAUACAUCGCAGGGCCGGGGUGUCUGUUACAGUGGAAAUACAGAUUUGUUUACACGCUUCAUUUGGGACGUGAACGCAACGAUAUCAAACAAGGAGCUCACACAUGCGGGACAACUUGUGCCACCGGGUAUAUUUAUUGUUGAUGCUACAACAUUGUUAAACGCCGGGGUAGGAUAUAUACUGACUGUCCAGCUUAACACGACAGAGGGCCCACGUAUUUUAAGCGCUGCACUGUAGACCCAUUGCUGCUCGAGUAUAAGAGUAUAUUGGUCGAUUGGACGUGUCUUGUGACAACGCUGCAGUUUCCCAGUAUUAAUUUAUUGACCAGCAGCAUUUUAAAAACCCCUGCCUGUACUCCAGACGGAUGCCGGAGAAGGACGCUUCAGGAUAUCGCCUCAUCAUACUCUGGAAAAUGUUAAUCGGAUAUAAUUUGCUGCAAAUCUAGAACCGGAAGCCCAAUGAGUGACACACAGUCUAGCUUCUCUGACAGGUUUCCCAAGAAAGCAAACAGAACCAGCAGCAUUCUCAGUAAAGACCAUCCCCCAGACAAGAAACCCAAAAGUGACAAAUCCUCACAUCUCGCCAAUGAGUUUGACCCUACAGAAGCUCUGGUGGUGCAGAAGAGUGGCAGCAGCAGUGUGCUAGCAGAGGGGAGGCCUGAGUCCUGUGGUCUGGUCCAGCGAUGUGUAAUCAUCCAGAGAGAUGAAAAUGGCUUUGGGCUCACAGUCAGCGGUGACAACCCAGUAUUUGUGCAGCUUGUCAAAGAAGAUGGGGCUGCUAUGCGAGCAGGUGUUCAGACAGGAGACAGGAUCAUCAAGGUUAACGGGACUCUUGUUACACAUUCUAAUCACAUAGAAGUGGUGAAGCUUAUCAAAUCGGGCUCCUAUGUGGCCCUCACAGUGUUGGGGCGCCCUCCAGGGCUCGCCCAGAUCCCUCUAACUGAAGCUGAGUCUGAAAUGGUGGGCAUUAGUAUUUCCUCUCCAAACUCUCCAGCAACAGAACGCCCUUACAGUCCUCAGGGCAGACUCUCUUCAACACAUCCACCAUGGGAUGAAAAUAGCAUCCAGAAGGUUGACACCUUACAAAAGAUGCAGGAGUUUCAGGCCAUGAAGGAGGAGUACAGCAAGAACCCUUCCCCCAAACUACUGAAAGACAUCCAGGAAGCUAAUAAACACAUUCCUCGGCUGCAGGGUCAGCUCUUCAAGGCCACUGGGGCAACACAGGAGGCUGUUCCAGGUGGUGAUACAGAUGAUGGUUGCAUGUUCGAAUCAGAACAUACUCUCACCUCCAAGGCAGACAACAGCACAGACAUGUCCUCCUGGAGCAGCACUCCUUUAUCCCACAGAUUUGGGCCUGGAUCUCCAGCCAGUAUUUUUCCAAGAGAGACAUCUGGCCUCAGCCCAAAGAGCACACCCAGGAACAGCUUCAAUUCCUGUCACUCCCCAGAGGCAGAAGACACCACUGACCUGGACUCGGUGUCCCCUACCACAGUCAACAGUCCCUCUUCCCGACUUGUCUCACAAAUCAUUGGAGCCGAGGACGAUUAUUUCGAUUCAGACCAAGAACAGACAAAUGGCCAAUGUAACAGCUUUAACAGCAUUGAACAGCUCAAGUCCCGGCCUGCCCACCUUGCAGCCUUUCUUCACCAUGUCAUCUCUCAGUUUGACCCUGCUCCUGUGCUGUGCUACCUCUAUGCUGACUUCUACAAGCAGACCAACUCCAAAGAGACCAGGCGGGUGUUCAUGGACCUCCACAAUUUCUUCAUUGACCGAGGAGCAAAUUUGAAAGUUGCUGUUCCCGAAACCGUCUCUGCUGAUCUUGACCGGCGGCGGACAGAGCUGAUCCCAGAGGAAAUAAACAGACAACACGUUCAAACACUGCAGGACUCUCUGCUCCUUGACAUUCAGAAGAACCUUGAGGAUUUCAGGCAGAAGCGCAGCAUGGGUCUAACAGUGGCUGAAGGAGAACUGACCAAACUGGACCAAGAGCAAGUCCCUCUGGAGCGAGAGCGUUCAUAUGCUGAAAACAUCAUCACCAAGAUAGAGGAUGUCCUAUUAACUACUCAGACCACAGAGGAAGAGAAAUGCACUACAAUGCAGUAUGUCAUCUAUACAUACAUGAAGCACCUUGGAGUGAGGGUCAAAGAACCUCGCAGCCUUGAGUCCAAACGGGUCCGGAUAAACUUUCUCCCCAAGAUCAAGAUACAGAAAAGCUUAAAGACAGAUAAAGAAGGAGAAGAGAAGGUGAAGAAACCCAGAUUUCCCAGUAUCCUCGGACCCCAGCGUCGGCCAAGCCGCAUUGAAGCAGGGCCAGUGGGUAAAGCCUUGGAGGGUCGCCCCCGUCCUCAGAAACAACUAUCACAGCCUAUACUGGGGACCAGUGAACACACGGAAACAAGUCGUUUAAGAAGCAGCCAAUCGAGCGAGGGCUCUGAACUCAUGCACUCCAUGUCUGUCAACACCUCAUCGCCAAACAGCACCACCUACAGCUCAGAUACGAGUCGAGAGGCUGAUACAGGUGGAACUCCGACCUCAGGCCCACACAGACUAAGUGACGGCCUUCAGUCUGACUCCCUGGACGGGCUGCCAUACCCUGUUGCGCACAAUGACCUUUACAGCCUGGACCAACUGCAAGAGGAUGACAGAGAAAGUGACAAGGCUCACGAGGGAACACCAAAAGCCUUAAGAAGGCUUGAGGGACUGGGUCCAGCUGACGUCCAGAGUGAGGACGACCAGGGAACAGACUCUGAGCAUGAUCCGCCGAACUGGCAGCAGCUGGUGGGGAGAGAAGUCUUGGCCGGUCUCCGGCCUCAUGAAAUAAAGAGACAGGAAGUUAUUAAUGAGCUGUUUUACACAGAGCGUGCACACGUACGGAAGCUGAGGGUUUUGGACCACGUUUUCUACCAGAAGCUCUCCAAAGAGGCCAUCCUGCCUCCUGCUGACAUCAAGAACAUCUUCUCCAACUUGGAGGAGAUUCUACAGUUGCAUGUGUCCGUACUGGAGCAAAUGGUUGCCGUUCGGAAGAGAAAUGAGUCGUCAGUAAUUGAUCUGAUAGGAGAUGACUUACUCUCUUGGUUCAGCGGUGGAGAGGAGGAGAAGAUCAAGCAGGCAGUGGGGACGUUCUGCAGUAAUCAGCCGUUUGCUCUGGAGAUCAUCAAGACCAAGCAGAAGAAAGACUCAAGGUUCUCGUCAUUCAUCCAGGAGGCAGAGAGCAACAGACUGUGUCGCCGGCUGCAGCUUAAAGAUAUCAUUCCUGUCGAGAUGCAGCGGUUCACCAAGUAUCCUCUGCUACUCGAAAACAUCGCCAAGUACACAGACAAUACAGUGGAAAAGGACAAAGUGAAGCAGGCGGCAGACUGCUGUAGGAAGAUCCUAAAUCAUGUCAACCAUGCUUUGAAGGUAUCUGAGGACAAGCAGAGGCUGGAGGAUUAUCAGAGAAGACUUGACCUCUCCUCUCUGAAGCAGACAGACAACCCUAUGAUCCUGGAGCUAAAGAACCUGGAUCUGACCAAGAAAACAAUGGUGCACGAGGGACCACUGUCAUGGAAAGUGAACAAGGACAAGACUAUUGAGUUGUACACUCUCCUCCUGGAGGACAUCCUGGUUCUGCUUCAGAAGCAAGACGAGCGUCUGAUCCUCAAGUGUCACAGCAAGAACCUGGCAGGCACUGCCGAUACCAAACAUAUCUUUAGCCCCAUCAUCAAACUCAACACGGUGCUGGUGCGCUCAGUGGCCACAGACAACAAGUCGUUCUUCGUCCUCUCCAUGUCAGAAAAUGGAGCCCAGAUCUAUGAGCUGAUGGCACCUACAGUUGCAGACCAGAGAACGUGGCAGGGUCUAAUUAUCCAGAGAGCGGACGCCAUGAAAGUCAAACCUCACAACAUCAUACCAUUACCUCAGAGCGACGGGGACAGAGACGGAGUGGAAAUCAUCACAGCAGGUGUUUCCAGGCUGAGUCGAGAUGCGGACCGCACAUCCACCGGCAGCACCCAGUCCACAGAUAAAGAGAGCAGCAGUCCAGCCUCUAGAAGCGCAAUGCAGAGCUCUCUAUCUGGUAAUAAUCCAUUUGAGAGCGUGAAGGCAGCGGAAGAAGAGGAAGAGGAAGGUUUUGUGGACCCGGAGCUUCCUUACCAAGUGGCUGAAGAUUGCAGAGGAGGAGACUCGUUUAACGCGUUUCCCUCCAGAGCAGACGAAGCGCUGAAAACAUUGGCAGCAUUAAAGCAGGUGUUGGUGACCCAGUUAAUGUCCCAGGAAGCUGCGGAGCAAUCCAAUCGCUCCACGGGGGCUCGUCUCCUCAGGACCACCUCUCUGCGGACCCCUAUUGACAGCCGUUCACGGGUGAUGGUCCACAACGGCUCAGAGAAAAACAGCUGUCAAACGGAGGACCCAGUCCAGGACCUGGGCUCCGGGGACACGGGCUUUUUCGACUCUCCCGACGACUAUGCAGGAUACUUGGUCCUGGAGGGUUACAGUGGCCCAGGAGAGAGCAGCACAGACGAUGACAUCUUGGCAUCCGCCACAGGGAAGCAGCUGAGGACCUCACAAGGCUGCGCCGCAGACUCUGGCAUCAAUUUGAGGUUUUCUUCCACAUCACAGGCCGGCAGCCUCUCCUCUUUCAGCAGACAAGUUCUGUCUCACCUCAGAAACCUUCAGUCCAACCUAAACUACUUGAAGGAGGUUGAGGCCAAGUAUAAUAAUCUAAUACGCCAAAGGCCAGAUCGGCCAACAGCAGACACGGACGGAAACAAAGAUAAGAGAUAGUGGACGUCUCUGCCACAGCUUUUGACUCUGGUCCCAAAGAGGAAGUUCCCGACUUGCAGUCUUGUGUCCCGGACUUUGUGGACAUCCUAUAAGCUUGUUCUCUCACUGCUGAGUUCUCCUUUUUUUUUCUUCCAUCACUGUCACCACGACGAUUGCCGCAGAGAAUGAGAAACUGAGUAUGAGCAGAAACGUAUGAAGGGAGGGAGGUGUCUUUGCGAUGCCGCAUCCCCCCCCCCCCCCUCCCCUCCAUCAGCACAAGGCAAUCAGGGAAGUGGGAUUGCCCCCAGAACGUCACCCCCUCCCCCAUCUAACACCCAUUUCCCCCCGAACUCCCUGCAAGAAAGAGAACUUAUACCAAAAUGUACAAAGAUGUGUGUUUAGAAUAUAUAUAUAUGAAACACAAAACAAGAAAAGGAAAAUUUUAAGAUAAUGUAUUAAGAUUUUUUUUUUUUUUUUAUCCCAAGAUGUAUUUAUUUUCUUUUCAUUUUUUUUUUUUUUUUUAUAAGUGUUUCCACAGUGCUUGCAUGCUUUUGGCCAUGGCAUUACCCUUUUUUUGGCUGCUUCCCGCCUGCUUCAGUCACACAGGGUUAGUGUGAGUGUUGAGUGCACACUAGCAUACAAGCUUAGCAUAAUCCUGGUGAGAGAUCCAUGGCAGGAGUAUAUUCAGACUGAUAGAGGCCAGAGUUGCACUGGUGAUGGAUAGAUCCCAUUGUGUUUUUAAAAAAAAAAAAAAGAGAAGAAAAAAAAAACACUUCAACUGUGUUUAAGACUAGAAUUUUAGAUAAAUUCUAGGAGUGGUGUUCACUAGAAUGAAGAGUCUCAAGGCUCUGAUCUGGUCCUGUUGCAUUUCUGUGCUGCUGCUGCUGCUGCCGCCGCCGCCUUCUUCUCCUUCUCCCCUCAUUGUGAGGGGCAUGUUGCCUUUCAUCUGCUCUCCCCACUCCCUCGUGUGUGAUUCUUCUGCUUCUUUUCUCUCUAACAGGCGUCAUCCCUGUUGUUUCCCCCUGAAAAGUUCAGUGACUUUCAUGCUUAUUUAUCCCCCCCACGCACACACACUCUCGUCUAAGUCUCGCUCUCUCAUCAGCCCUCGAGUAUUCUCCCCCCCCCCCCCC